CAUGGGGAGGGGAGGAGGGUGGCACCUCCCCCCGGAGCCCUGAUCCUGGUGGCCGGUGCCCCCCGGGGGGGGAGCCCAGCGCGGGGCUCUGAGCCCCCUCCCCACCCGAGCCCUGGCAAUGGGCAGCCCCCGGCCUGGGCCUCGACGCCGGCCCACUCUCUGUGCCCUCCUGCUGCUGCUGCUGCUGCUGGCCGCCGCCGUGCCCAGAUCGGAGCCAAAUGACAUCCUGGGCCUGCGCCUGCCGCCGGAGCCGGUGCUGAACGCCAACACCGUGUGCCUGACCCUGGCCGGGCUGAGCCGGCGCCAACUGGACGUGUGUGUCCGUCGCCCGGACGUGGCCGCCUCGGCCGUCCAAGGUAUCCAGAUCGCCAUCCACGAGUGCCAGCACCAAUUCCGCCACCAACGCUGGAACUGCUCCAGCCUGGAGACCCGCAAUAAGAUCCCCUAUGAGAGCCCCAUCUUCUCCAGAGGUUUCCGUGAGAGCGCCUUCGCCUAUGCCAUCGCAGCGGCGGGAGUGGUCCAUGCCGUGUCCAACGCGUGUGCCCUGGGCAAGCUGCGGGCCUGUGGCUGUGACCAGGCCCGACGUGGGGACCAGGACACAUUCCGCCUCAAGCUGCACCGCCUGCAGCUACACGCUCUGCAGAGCCGCAAGGGACUGAGCCACGGUGUCCCCGAGCGGUCCCUGGGCCGGCCCCAGGACUCGUGGGAGUGGGGCGGCUGCAGCCCCGACGUGGGCUUCGGGGAGAGGUUCUCCCGCGACUUCCUCGACUCGAGGGAGCCCCAUCGUGACAUCCACGCCCGCAUGAGGCUGCACAACAAUCGCGUCGGGAGGCAGGCCGUGCUGGACAACAUGAGGCGGAAGUGUAAGUGCCACGGCACGUCGGGGAGCUGCCAGUUGAAGACGUGUUGGCAGGUGACCCCCGAAUUCCGGGUGGUGGGCACCCUGCUCCGUGCCCGCUUCCAACGCGCCACGCUCAUCCGCCCGCACAACCGUAACGGGGUCCAGCUGGAGCCAGGGGCCCCGGGACCCCCGGGACCGGUCGCCCGGCGUCGCGCCAACCCCUCGGACCUGGUGUACUUCGAGAAAUCCCCCGACUUCUGCGAGCGGGAGCCGAGGCUGGAUUCCGCGGGCACGGUCGGCCGUCUGUGCAACAAGAGCAGCACGGGCUCCGACGGCUGCGGGAGCCUCUGUUGCGGUCGAGGGUACAACAUCCUGCGCCAAACGCGCAGCGAGCGCUGCCACUGCCGCUUCCACUGGUGCUGCUACGUGCUCUGUGAGGAAUGCCGCAUCACCGAGUGGGUCAGCGUCUGCAAGUGACAUGGACGCCCACCAUCCCUCCCCAGUCCUGAGAAUCGGAACCACUCCCUGGCCCCCCAAAACAGCUCCAUUGUCACCCACCCACUCGCCCACUGUCGCCCGGGAGUUGAGACGGAGACUCACGCUCACCCGUGACAAGGGUCACGAAUCGGGGCGUCCCCAACCCUGAGUGGGACCCUGAAAGGCCCUGGAGAUUGGGAUCGGGAUCUGGGAAGGCCUCUUAAAGAGGAGUGGGAUCAAGAAAGGCCCUGGGGAGCCAGGAAGGCCUAUUAAAGAGGAAUGGGACCCAGAAAGGCCCUGGGGAUUGGGAUUGGGAUCUGGGAAGGCCUAUUAAAGAGGAGACA